AGAGCGUUUAAAAUUAACGAGCUGAAGAUGGAUGUGACCAAUCGACUGGCGAUGUUGGAGAAGAGAGUGGAGUUAGAGGGUAUGAAGGUGGUAGAAAUUGAAAAGUGUCGCAACGACAUCAAGAAACUUCACGAGGAAAUGGCAACCAGGAGCAACAGCAGUUUUCUGGAGGAGAGUAAAAAGCUGGCUCCCAGAAGAGACGUGCCAUCAUACCCCAAGUAUCACUUGUCUCAGGAGACUGUGGAUGCGCUGCGGCAGCCGACCUUUGACGUCUGGCAGUGGGAACCCAACGAGAUGCUGAGUUGUUUGGAGCACAUGUAUCACGAUCUGGGACUCGUCAGAGACUUCAACAUCAACCCCAUCACACUGAAGAGAUGGCUGCUCUGUAUCCAUGCUAAUUACCGUAGCAACCCCUUCCAUAAUUUCCGCCACUGCUUCUGCGUGACUCAGAUGAUGUUCAGCAUGAUACACCUGUGUGGACUACAGGAGAAGCUCCCCCCGAUUGACAUUUUAAUUCUGAUGACGGCAGCUGUGUGUCACGACCUGGACCACCCCGGAUAUAACAACACGUACCAGAUUAAUGCUCGUACGGAGUUAGCGGUGCGCUAUAACGACAUCUCUCCUCUUGAGAAUCAUCACUGUGCCGUCGCCUUCCACGUCUUCAGCCAGCCGGACGCAAACAUGUUCUCCCACUUCGACCCCGAGACCUUCAAGCAGAUACGACAGGGCACCAUAACGUUAAUCCUGGCGACUGACAUGGCUCGUCACGGUGAGAUCUUGGACUCCUUUAAGCAGAAGGUCGACAUCUUCGACUACAGCAACGACGACCACAUGACCUGUUUAAAGAUGGUGUUGAUUAAGUGCUGUGACAUCAGUAACGAGGUGCGGCCAAUGGAGGUGGCGGAGCCCUGGGUGGACUGCCUACUGGAGGAGUACUUCAUGCAGAGUGAUCGUGAGAAGGCUGAGGGUUUACCUGUCGCUCCCUUCAUGGAUCGAGAGAAGGUGACGAAGCCCACAGCUCAGAUCGGCUUCAUCAAGUUUGUUCUCAUCCCCAUGUUCGAGAGCGUCAUGAAGCUGUUUCCCCAGAUUGAAGAGGUCAUGGUGCAGCCGUUGAGGGAAUCUCGAGAUCGAUACGAAGAACUGAAGCAGAUAGAUGACGCCAUGAACGAGGUGCAGAAGAAGAAAAGUGAGAAUCUGACCAUGGGCAAGAAGAAAUAGAGACUGGAACUUUCAU